AUGAUGAAGGGCUUCCUUUCGUACCUCCUGUUAAUGCCCCAGUUGGCAACCUGCUUCUCCGGAAGUCAGCCAAGCGUCAGUAGAAACGCCCUCAUGGCAAAUGCAACAAACAGCCUCCCCCUUAAAGUUUCCGUCAUCGGCAGUGGCAGUUGGGGAACCGUCGUUUCAAAAAUCGUCGCGGAGAAUACGCACAAGUCGAAAAUAUUCCACCCCCUGGUUAGGAUGUACGUAAAGGAAGAAAUUGUAGACAACGAGAAACUAAGCAACAUUAUCAACACGAAAAAGGAAAACGUAAAAUACAUGAAGGGGAUGAAGGUGCCGGACAAUGUAGUGGCCAUUUCGAAUUUGAAGGACGCGGUUGAGGAUGCCGACUUGCUCAUCUUCGUAGUGCCUCAUCAGUACCUGGAGAACGUGCUAAACGAAAUUGUGAAAAAUGAAAACCUCAAAAAAGGCGCGAAGGCGAUAAGCCUAAUGAAGGGAAUCAAAAUAGACAACUGUAAGCCCACGCUUCUCUCCAGCGUAAUUGAGGACAAGCUAAAAAUUGGGUGCGCGGCUCUGUCCGGUUCCAACAUAGCGAAUGAGCUGUCCAGGGAAAACUUCAGCGAAAGCACCAUCGGCUUUGAAGACGCCCAGGUGGCGGGGAUUUGGCAGGAGCUGUUCGACAGGACGUACUUCAAGAUAAACUGCGUCCAGGACAAGCCGGGCGUGGAGACUUGCGGAGCGUUGAAAAACGUUGUCGCGUUAGGAGUGGGCUUUCUGGAUGCAUCCAGGCACAGCUACAACACCAAGUCAGCCAUUAUCAGAAUUGGCCUUGACGAAAUGAAGAGGUUCGCCCGGUUGUUCUUCCCGGACGUUCUAGAUGAAACCUUUUUAGACAGUUGUGGCCUAGCUGAUCUCAUAACGACAUGUCUGGGGGGAAGGAACCUCAAAUGUGCACGGGAGUUCGCCACGAGAAACGGAGUCGAUUCCUGGGAUCAAAUCGAAAUGGAGCUCCUCAACGGGCAGAAGCUUCAGGGCAUCCACACCGCCAAGGAAGUGUACGGCGUGCUGGAGCACCACAAAUUAAAAAACGAAUUCCCAUUAUUCAGGACAAUCUACGAAAUUGCGUUUCGACAGAAAAAUCCGUCGAGCAUUAUUGAUGUUCUUUCGACAAAAAAAUUGAGACACAUACGGUAUAAGGGUUGAAGGGGAGAAGCGGGGGGGAAAUAAUAAAAAAAAAAUAAAAAAAAGAAUAAAAAAAAAUAAAAAAAAGGCGGAUGCGAACGCAUCAGCAUCCGCACGCAUGUACUACUCAUACACACUUCUUACACAAACAAAUGCACGGCGAAAAUGGAGGCGCCACCCAAAAAAAAACGUCGCUCGCCAAACGUAUGCCUCCACCCAAACAUUCACUCAUUUUGCGUUUUGGUAAAGUGAAUGGACUCCCUGAGGUAUGGGUGCUGCAGGGCCUGGUCAGGCGUGUACCGUUUCGUCGGGUCCAGCAUGAGGCACUUCUCCAGCAAGUCCCCCAGCUGCUUUAUCUUUUUUUUUAAAAACUGCAUCUUGGGGCUAUUUCCUACGCGGG